AUGAGACAUCAGAGGAAAUUAACGAAAUCGCUGAAAGAUGAAACGUUAUACGUUGGAUACGUUCGAUCGAGGGAAUUGUAUCAGGCAAACUUAUUGCUGCUCAGUUCGGCACUGCGCGAUGAUCGAUUGGACAUACAGGUACGACACAAUACAAUUGGAGUGAGAGAUUUUCGCAUUGAUGCAGAAAAGUUACGUCAGCGAUUGGAAGAGAUGGGCUCGGUAGAGGGNGAACAAACCGAGGAGCAUGAAGAACAAAUUGAAUCGCAGCCUCCGCCAGUGAAACGAAGACGUGCUCAGCUUGGCGCCCUCCGCUAG